UAUAAAUACCUCAUACAAAAUCCAAAACUGCAAAUUGAUCACACGUACCAAAAGCUGUAUAUUAUCUUCCUACAUAAAUAAAUCUCGAACAAAAUGUCUUCCCAACUCCACGCAGGCAAUACUCAGGCCAAGAUACAAGAGUUUGAAGAAUCGGCUAAGAGCACGGCAAGCGCGGCCCAUGAUAAGGCCGCUGAUGCAGCAAAUGCGGCCCAUGAGGCAGGUGGUCAGGCCCAAGCACAGGCCCACAGGACCCAGGAAGAUGCUGCCGGAUUUCUUCAGCAGACCUCAGAGCAGGUGGCUAACAUGGCUCAGGGUGCCCUCGAUGGGGUGAAGAACACUCUUGGAAUUGGAGAUAAGAAAUAAAGUGAGGGUAUUAUUGUCAUUCUGUGUUUCGUUUAGGAUGUUUUGAUGGUUUGGACUUUGGAAAUUGGAUUGGGAAUAAGAUAGUUCCAAUAUAUAAUAAGAGCGCCGAGAAUCCUAUGUGACGGCAGUGUAGGUAUUUAUUUCGGUAUUUUUGUACAUAUUGUUAUAAUAUUCUUUUAUUAGUGCAGCUGAUAUCGUGUGGUGUGCGAUAUUAUUAGAAUUAUUUAAAUACUGUAAUAAAUAUUAUUUAAAGUACGUAAAUAUAGUUUAUAUUUAAUUGUCAA